AUGUCCGCCGUCUUCGCGCGCAAAGCCGCCCUGCGCAAGGGCAUGCUCCGCACGCUCCGCCAGAUGCCCGAGGACGCCGUCGCCUCGCAAUCCGCGGCCGUCGCGCGCAUCCUCGUGCAGCAGGAUUGGUACAAGUCCGCGCAGACUGUAGGGUGCUAUCUCUCGAUGGCGCGUGGCGAGCUGCGCACAACGGAAAUCGUCGCCGACCUCCUCGCAAAUGGCAAGGCGCUGUACACGCCGUACCUCCCGCCAGCGGCGAUCGCAGGCGAAGAUAACCUGAUGCACAUGUUGCGGCUCUACUCGCCCGCGGACCUCGCCGCGUGCCCCACGGACAAAUGGGGCAUCCUGGACCCGGGCACGCAGCGGCACGACGCCGCGGGCCCGCGAGAAGACGCUAUGGACGGCCCGCCGCUGGACCUCAUCCUCGUGCCGGGUGUCGCGUUCGACGCGCACUGCAAUCGCCUCGGGCGCGGCAAGGCGUUCUACGACCGCUUCCUCGCCACGUACACGGCACAGCGGCGGCGACCGUUGCUCAUGGCGCUCGCACUGGAACCGCAGCUCAUCGACGAGGACGUGCCGGUCACCCCGGACGACUUUACGCUCGACGGUGUGGUGAGCCCGCGCGGCGUGGUGUGGCGCGACGGCAAGCCGAGAGCGUAG